AAGUUGGCUUGCAUCACCCGGAGAAGUUUAUGUGACAGGUGUAGACUUCGCGACAGUGUCGCGCGGUACGGCCUAAUCCAAUAUGGACGACUUGCGGUGGAUGUUGACAGAUUUCAGAUCGCGAUCGAAACGUGCAGCAAGAGAAGCGUGUUUUUGAAAGUUGGAAAAUGGAAGUUACCAACUUCGAUGAUGAUGACAACCCAACCUACAAUCAUAGUUACUCUUUACUGGGCUCUGUAUAUGAACCUGCCAAAACUGUAUCAGUAACUUCAGCAGAUGAAAAUCGGUUGGACAAACUUGACAGAUAUUACAGAAAUGUAAAAUCAACUGUACUAAACUACCAGAGUCCUGCGACAGGUCUUUUCCCCACCAAAACAAUUGGUAAUUGUAAUAAUGCCAAAGUUCGAGAUUGCCUUUAUUGUGCUGCUAGUGCUUGGGCUGUAGCACUCGCUUAUAGGCGCAUUGACGAUGACAAGGGAAGGACUCAUGAACUGGAAUACUGCGCUGUAAAAUGCAUGCGAGGAAUUCUCUACUGCUACAUGCGUCAAGCUGAUAAGGUGGAACAUUUCAAGCAGCAUUCAAAUCCAUCAAGCUGUCUACAUUCUGUCUUCAACGUGCAUACAGGUGAUGAAGUGUUAUCUAAUGAAGCAUACGGGCACCUUCAGAUUGAUGCUUUAUCUUUGUUCUUGCUGUACUUGGUCGAGAUGAUUUCCUCGGGACUACAGAUUAUCUACAAUACAGAUGAGGUAACUUUCAUUCAAAAUCUUGUUUUCUGCGUGGAAAGAAGCUACCGUAGACCAGAUUAUGGUAUGUGGGAGAGAGGAAGUAAAUAUAACAAUGGCAGUACUGAACUGCACUCAAGUUCAGUUGGAAUGGCCAAAGCUGCGCUGGAAGCAAUCAAUGGCUUUAACCUCUUUGGAAAUCAGGGAUGUUCUUGGUCAGUUAUUUUUGUUGAUUUUGAUGCUCACAAUCGGAACAGACAAACUUUGUGUUCACUGCUUCCACGAGAAUCAAGGUCACAUAAUACAGAUGCUGCUCUAUUGCCUUGUAUAAGUUACCCUGCAUUUGCAGUGGAUGAUGAUGCCUUGUUUGAUCAAACUCUUGAGAAAGUUGUUCGCAAACUGCAAGGAAAAUAUGGAUUGAAACGCUUCUUAAGAGAUGGAUACAGAACAGGAUUGGAAGACAAUUCACGACGUUAUUAUAAACCAGCAGAAAUCAAGCUGUUCGAUGGCAUUGAAUGUGAAUUUCCCCUGUUUUAUAUUUACUUGAUAAUUGACGGGGUAUUUAGGGAAAAACCUGAUCAAGUGAAAGAAUACAUGGAGCUCCUUGAACAAUUGCUUCAAUAUUCAUAUGAUGGUUUUGCCAUUGUACCAAAGUACUAUUAUGUGCCGGCCGAUUUUAUUGAAUUAGAAAGGGCAACACCUGGCAGCCUAAAGCGUUUUCCUAGCAACUCUGGACGUGAUGGAAACCUUUUCUUAUGGGGACAGGCCUUAUAUAUAAUUGCAAAGCUUCUUGUGGACGAACUGAUCAGCCCUUUGGAUUUGGACCCUGCUAGGCGUUAUGUUCCUCCAAAAGAACAGAGAAAUAUCAGCAUGAGGUAUUCAAACCAGGGCCUUUCAGAAAAUGAUGUGGUAGUUCAUGUGUCCCUGAUUGCUGAAAGCCAGCGCCUGCAAGUGUUUCUCAACACAUAUGGAAUACAGACCCAGACUCCCCAGCAAGUAGAACCCAUACAAAUUUGGGCUCAACAGGAGCUUGCAAAGGCCUAUCUCCACCUGGGCGUAAAUAAAAAGCUUAAAUUGUCCGGAAGACCAAACAGACCCAUUGGAUGUAUUGGAACGUCAAAGCUUUACAGAAUUCUAGGAAAGACAGUUGUGUGCUAUCCCAUUGUGUUUGAUUUGAGUGACUUUUACAUGGCUCAAGAUGUCAUGCUGCUGAUUGAUGACAUAAAGAAUUUACUGCAGUUUACUAAGCAGUAUUGGAAGAUGAAUCGGCGUCCUCUCUUCCUUGUUUUGAUCCGUGAAGAUAACAUAAAAGGGAGUCGACUUAACCCUAUUUUGGACAUGCUGGCAGCAUUCAAAAAUGGUAUUAUUGGAGGAGUGAAAGUUCAUGUUGACAGACUUCAGACAUUAAUAUCUAGUGCAGUAGUGGAACAACUAGACUUCCUUCGGAUAAGUGAAGAGGAGGAAAUUCCACAGUUCGUAAGUUUUGAGGAGCUGGAAUUUCCAAAACAUUCAAAAGUGAAGCGGCAGACAAGUAUAUCAACUGGUACUUAUCACGAGCAACAACCCGAGAUAAACAUGCAUGACUGGAUGUUUGCCCCCACAAUGGAAAUUCUGCAAAAACUGGAUGGUUGCACCUCCCUUGUCAGCCAAGCUGUGCUCUUGAGCAUUUUGUUGAAGCAAGAAGGGCCUAAUUUCAUUACAGGAGAAGGAACUGUUGUAGAUCGUUUGGAAAGAAUUUAUCAGCGUUCAGGCAAAAAGAAACACUGGUCUAAUGUACGCUUCACUGCAAGUAUUUUAGGUAAACAAGUGGACAGCCUUGCCCCAUCAAUUACUAGGGUUUUAGUUCAGGGUAAACAAGUGACGAUAGGGGUGUUCGGACAUGAGGAAGCGGUGAUUUCAAACCCCUUGUCUCCAGGAGACAUAAAGAACAUUGUCUACAAUAAAUGUGCCCAGCAUGAUGAAAGGGAGGCAGUGCUUCAACAGGAACUUGUCAUUCAUAUUGGUUGGCUUAUCUCUAAUUCUCCAGAGCUCUUCCAGGGCAUGCUGAAAUUUAGAAUCGGAUGGAUCAUCCACGCUAUGAAACAUGAACUAAAGAUUCGAGAUGAGAAUCUACCCACUGAUUACGUGUACCAGAUGUCACCAAGUGAUGUUAAAAAGCUUCUGUUGGAUACUCUGCAGCCUGACCAACAUGAUAGGUCAUGGAAAAAUAGGCGUCACCUUGAUGGCUCCUUGAACCGUACUCCAAAGGGUUUCUAUGACAAAGUAUGGCAGAUUCUGGAGAGGACUCCAGAAGGCAUCGUAGUGACUGGAAAACAUCUGCCCCAACAGCCGACUUUAUCAGAUAUGACCAUGUACGAGAUGAACUUUUCUCUCCUUGUAGAAGACACUUUGCAGGACGUUGUCCAGCCUGAAUAUCGACAGAUCAUUGUUGAGUUGCUUAUGGUAGUUUCUGUUGUGUUGGAACGCAACCCUGAGCUAGAAUUUCAAACUGAAGUGGAUUUGGACAAACUAGUGAAAGACGCUUUUGAUGAAUUUAAGAGAGACAAAAAUAGACUUGAAAAAGUUGAGGUUAAGGACAUGACUGACUUCUACAAUACACCUCCAACUGGUACGAGAGGGACAGCCAGCUACCUGAUGAAGGUUGUGAUGAACACGUUACUUCAGGGUGAAGUUAAAUCUGGCCCUGCUGACCCCUGUGUGAUUUGCUAAAGACAAUGAGCUUGAAGAGUUCACGUUCAUGAGAUUUAUGACGUGUGCCAAUGCAUGUGAUUAUUGUGCUGCUACUCACUAAAACUGAAGUUACAUAUAAUAUGUCAGUUUACUGAGUUUUGGCUGUUUUCCUGCAAUUGUAGUGGAUGAUUGAUAAACUCUUAAUAUUAAAUUCACUUAACUUACCAUGUAGAAACAAAAUUAAGUAAUUUAAAUUGGGCAAUGGAUGCUUGUAUGAAAUAGGUUCUGUUUAACAAAUGAACCAUUAAUUUACACUGCAAUAAUACUAUUCAGUGAGAUAUAUAGUUUAAAUCUUAGUAAAUGUUUGGAAUUUGUUUGUAUGCCAAUGUUAUGAGUUCUAUUUAAAUAAAAUGGCAUUUUUAAAGCUGAA